UUUUAAGUGAACAAGACCGUUGGAUGAGAAUGAAAUUGGAAUUUAAUAUUUUUAUUUUGCCCGCUUUGAUUUUGGUUUUAAAUCAUGCAAAUUGUGCACCACUAGAUGCUGUUGAAGUCACUAAACAGACAUUCAAUAAAUUUCUAAAUCAAGGCUAUAAUUUCCUAUAUUCAUUAAGUGAUGGACAGACAAGAGAAGAGACUGGUACUUAUGAUGAAAAUGGGAAUUUAAAAAUUAAGGGAUCUUAUAGCUAUAAUGGUGAUGAUAAUAAGAAAUAUAAAGUGCAAUAUACAGCAGAUGAGAAUGGUUAUCAAGCACAAAGUGAAGUAGAAGAAAUUGUGAUACCAAUAUCAACUCCACCAAAUUUGCAGCUCUCAGCUGCUGCAAUCGCAACAUUAUCGGUUGGAUAAAUGUUUUAAAACAAAUAUUGAAUGUUAAGGG